AUGGGCCACAAAUCACUAAAGGACACAGCCAAAGACAACCCCAGUCAACUCGGCGACCCAGUCUCNCUCAAAGCAGAGACGUCCAACACCGAGCCCACCGAAAAAGAUCGUCCCAACAAGUCAGGCGAUGGACGCAAGUCACUCAAAGACCUAGCACAGGAGAACCCAACCCAGCUAGGCGACCCCGUAUCGCUCAAAGCCGAGACCAGCAACACCGAGCCCACAGAGAACGACCGCGGCGCAAGCAAGGCACACCCGGAGAAGACAGGAAAGCCAAAGUUGUGA